AUGUCUACAGCAUCAUCAAACGGAGGAGGCUUUCGUCGUGAACCUGGCGAUUGGCCUUGUCAUCAAUGUCAAGAAAUAAACUUCAAAUCACGUGCUGCUUGUCGUCGUUGUUCGACUCCACGUGUUCAACCAGCACAAACCAAUUCAGCUCCUACUGGUAUUAAUCCUCAAGUUGUACCAAGACAAGGCGAUUGGCCCUGCUCGUUUUGUAAUAGUCUUAAUUUUGCUGCUCGUGUUGCUUGUCAUAAAUGUGGUCGACAAAAACAAGAGUCCAGAAAUUCGAAUGCUUCAUCAUCUGUAACACAAAGAGCAGGCGACUGGAUAUGUCCAUUUUGUCAGAACAAUAAUUUUGCUGCUCGUAUCACGUGUAAUAAAUGUAAUCGACCAAAACAGGAACCUAUGGAUACCGAUAAUCGUCCAUCAGUAACGUUAAAACCAGGUGAUUGGAAAUGUUCCUCUUGUCCUGAGAUGAAUUUUGGUUCGCGUACUGUAUGUCGUUCUUGUGGCACAGCUAGACCAUCUGUUGAAAAUACUAAAAAUGAAUGCGUUAUUUGUAUGGAAAAUCCUAUUGAUUCAGUAAUAACAACAUGUGGUCAUUCAUCUAUGUGUCUUCAAUGUGGUAUUCAUGUUAAUCAAUGUCCUAUAUGUCGUAAUCCUUUUAAUCAACAACAGAUUAUUAAAAUGUUUAAUGUUCAUUAA